CAGUCUUUCUGUUAAUACUAGUGUUUCUCCUUUUGGUGAAUGAACACAGCCGAUCGAAGAGAAAAAUAGUUUUCAGUGUAUUGUAAACAUCAUGAAUUGCACGAAUAGCACCAUUUCUGCAAUACACUACAAGAGCUGGAUACAAGCAACGCAGUACUGGGCGUGGAGCUUGACUACUAUAGGCGGUCUGGGGAACCUGCUCACCAUCUUGGUCAUCUUGCAUCAGCUGUGCAUGGGAUACACGUGGAAACACCGACCCCGCGAUUCUCUCAGGAGACAAGGCAGUAAUUUCCACGUCGAGAAGCCUGUCCUCCCCUUCGAGGGCCACACCCUCCUCCUGCUUCACCUGAGCUUCUGCGACCUCUUGUACGCUACAGUGAGCCUUCCCCUAACUGCCACGGCCUAUGGGUAUGCCCUUGACGAUGCCAUGCAGGAACUCGAAGUCCUGUGCCCGGUCGCCGCCUUCCUAAGGUACACCAACGCCCUGGCGGAGUGGCUGACGCUCGGGCUCCUGGCGUUCCAGCGGUGCGUGGACCUCGGCCGCUGGAGGAGCGCGAGGUUCUUCCAGCCCGCAGCCACGGGGGCCCUCAUCGCCGGCAUCUGGCUGAUCAGCGUCGCCCUCCAGCUCGUGCCCUUCGCUGUGACUGGCUACGGAUACUCCUGCGAAAACUUCAAGUGCGACGUCACCAAUGAUGUCCUCAAGUUUAUCUUCUACGCCCUUCAGUCGCUCCUGCCGUGUAUUUUGAUGUUCACCGGAUGCAUUGGUCUCUUGUACCAGCUGAGGAAAUAUACCAAGGAAAUGAAAAGCAUGAAAUUGUAA